UUACAGCUGACUGACGGCACUAACGCGUUAUUGAGCUCGAAUUCAAUUAAAUUGGGGUUUGGGAGAGCUUAUAAUCGUCAAUUGCCGGAAAAAUGGCGUCUUACGCACCUGAGCACACCAACAUUUGCCCAGCAGCAGCGAAAAGUGUCGACCAGUGAAGCCAUGCACAGCUGCGUCCUGCUGCCAGAUGCGGCCAGCUAUCAUCCAGAUACCCUGGACCUCAAUACAGACGCCAAAGCGGCCGCCUACUGGUUUCCUUGCUUUCGCGAUAUGGUUAUCAAAUUUGCCAAGCAAGCGGCCAAAUCGCAAGCGGAGGACUCGACGGCCGAGGAGCGAGCGGAGCAGUUCAAGACAGCCUAUCUCCAGCAAUUGGACGACUAUCAAAGCAAUAUAGCCAACAACAGUGGCAGAGUGAUCCUGGGCACCAGCGAGCUGCUCAAGCUGAACGAAACGAUGCUGAGGCGCUUUGGCUUCACGGAUCCGUGGCGAAGUCAAAAGCAGCUGGAGAAUGCCUCGGCGAAGGCGCGGCUCAAGCUGCGGCUAGAGGAGAUUGAUGCCAUUCAGAAUCCGGAUGACAAAUGGACGGAGCUCGUGCGGGGAGUCCUUGCGGGCAACAUGUUCGACUGGGGCGCCCAGGCCAUAUCCAACAUACUGGAACAGGACAGCAGCUUUGGCCUCCACUCGGCUCUGGACAGGAUAGAGAAGCGGCCCUGGCUGCUGGAUAAUCUGGACAAUUGGCUAAAGCGCCUGCGAAUCAGCAGCGACCAGCAGCCGCACAAGUGCGCUGUGGUAUUUGUGGAUAAUAGCGGCGUGGAUGUGGUGCUCGGCAUACUGCCCUUCGUCCGGGAGCUGCUGAGGCGUGGAACCAAGGUGCUGCUGUGCGCCAACAGUGAACCCUCGCUGAACGAUGUGACCAGUCGGGAACUGAGCGCGCUGCUCGAUGAGUGUGCCGGCGAGUGUGCUGUCCUAUCGUCGGCCUGGUCCUCUGCCCGCCUGCUUGUCUAUGCCAAUGGACAGUCGGGACCCUGCUUGGAUAUGCGAACCCUUCCGCGGGAUCUGUGCGACGCCAUAGCUGCCAAUGAGACUGAUCUGCUCGUGAUCGAGGGCAUGGGACGGGCCCUACACACGAACCUCAAUGCCCACUUCAGCUGCGAGACCCUGAAGCUGGCCGUGAUCAAGAAUCGGUGGCUGGCCAAGUAUCUGGGUGGCGACGAGAUGUUUGCCGUCAUCUGCAAAUACGAGGCGAUCAGCUAGUCGAGCGCCUUUGCCUCCUUGUUAUGCUGCUGUUGUUGUUGGGAUCCUUGUGAGAGCCAUUGUUUAAUUUUGGAAACUAUUGUUAUUGUUUAAUCAAAUCAAAUCUAAGGCAGAGCCAUCGCCAUCGCCAUCCCUACCAGGAUUCAUCCCCCUCCCCAUUGAGAUUCAUAUUUUUAGUUUUGUGUAUUGUGUAUUUAAAUUAUCGUGUAUUAAGUGCUUUCGUGGUCACGUUGCCGAAUUUCAAGCCCACAUCUCUAUUCUAUACAUACAUACAUAUAUCUGCUCCGCA